UGUGUGGUAUUGUACACGUAUUUCUGGCUCACGAAAUUUUUUAUUUGUUUUAGGUCAAAACUUUAUUUAUCCUUUAAAUUUUGAUAUGGUCGGAUUUAUUAGGAAAUGCUUGUGCUUUCUGGAUAAGAAUCAAUGUUUAACGGGGGAGACUCCAAAUGAUGUCGCCUGUAAUAUAUGAAAAUAAUUCGACAAUCUAGAAAGUGCACUAUACUGGCGUAUAAAAAGAACAGAAAUAUUUUAAUCUGAUUAUACACGUUGAACAAGUAGAAAAAACAGAGGUGGAUAAAUAAAACAUUUUGAAUCAAGUAAGACUAUUGGCAUUCCUUUCAUGGUCGGUCGUUUCGUGAAAAACGUCAAAUCAACGAGGGUAUUCCAUACAAGAUAACGUGUUAAACUAAAAAUAUGUUAAUACAACCAGGAUGACGGAAGGACACACAUGGAUGCAUAUCUGGAUCUGGAUUCCAAUAUUGGCUACCUGCAUAUCCAGCGUUGCAAGCUAUGGACAAAUUCCGACGUUUACAAACACUCCCGUAAACGUGACAACCAGUCAGGGGUCUGAGGCGAUAAUGAGGUGUGGUGUAGAGAAUCUUGGCACCAAAACUGUGUCCUGGAGGAAGCUUCCAUAUAACGUACCAAUCACCGUAGGCAAGGAACAGUUUCUGGAGCUAGACAGGUUCAAACUCGUCCAGAUGGUUUCACGCAGUGAAUGGAACCUCCACAUUAAAAAUGCACAACCGUUUGACUCAGGGACAUACGAGUGUCAAGUCAGUUUAAAAGGCACUUUCAUCCGACGGAAUGUAACAUUAGUUGUUUAUGAAUCAUCCAAUGAUCCGACUAAACCAUCCAUCCAUAUCUCGGGAACCCAGUUCGUGGAGAAGGGUUCUCCGAUCCUUCUCACGUGCAACGUCACCAGUGACGACAUGCCGCAGUCCGUCGACUGGUUCUUCGAGGGACGCGUGGUCCAGACGAGCUAUGAAAGAAACGUGUACAUCCACCAACAGGUGUCGCUGUCGGAAAGGCUACUCACGAGCACUCUAAGCAUUGGAUAUGCGCAGAUGGCGGACAUGGGCAAGUACGUGUGCAGGGCUAGCAAGGACCUCGCCAUAAGAAUAAACGUGGAUGUAUUAAAUGCAGGGACAUACAAUGAAAAACGGGAUACACCAGAAGAGCAAGGAUCCAGUUUGACGUCCAGCAGUGGUGUUCUUAGCGUACAUAUAUCGUCGGUUUCCAGCUCCUUUAUGUGUUUAUAUGUGUACUUAACAAUAAUGUGUAUUCCGGGUCUAACUACGUAUAAGGUAGCUGCGUAAAUUGGAAUAGAUUUUAAUAAACUUCGGAGUGAAAUUUAAAAAUGUACUCCGUUGACACAUGACGUCUGUUUAAACAGCAUCUUAAGACGACGUUUUGAUUCGGAUGUAUUCCGCUGGUGUCCAAAACAAAUACCACAACACAUGUGAUUUUAUGUGUUAUCAGUGUUAACUUGUGUUUCAAGAAGUGUUAUCUUUUUGACGACAUGUAUUGUUGGAAUGUAAAUAGUCUUGAAUAUCCUAAUAUUGUUCUAGAGAUGUAAAUAUUAUAAGCACAGUAGUUGACUUGUCGUCCAAGAUGUAUAUUUCGUUUUAAAAAAUAUAUCACUGUGUGAUAUUGUAUUUAUAUGCGGCUAUUGUUGUAAAAUGUUUGUUUUUUAAGAGUACUCGGGUCAUCAUAUAAGUGUUCCAUAUUAUAUACUAUAUGUUGUGUGCGUAGUGUUAACACGACCAUAACGAGAUCAUGUAUUUCAAAUAGAUCAAUGUCAAUUUAUUUGAUUAGUAUUUAUCUAUAAGCAAUUGAUAUAGAUGAACAAUGCGAUUAUGAAGCAACGUACUCGCAAAGAUGAAAUUAAUAAGUUCUUUCAUCUUACUUAUCCAACGAUUUGUAUGUUCUGUUCAAUAUCGAAAAUAUUAUGGCCUUUUAACUUAUUGCCAUAACUAUUCAGUAAUUCCGUCAUUCACGACUUGGUACAGAUGUUCUAAGAAACAAAUAGAAACGAACACUUCUCCCUAUUGUGUACCGAAUG